GCCUGUGAGGGCGGCGGGAGCGGCGCGGGCCCGAGCGGCCUGUCGGGCGGCGGCGGCGGAGGCGCCUUGGAGCCGCGCAGCGAUGAUGCCGAUGAUUUUAACCGUGUUUUUGAGCAACAAUGAACAGAUUUUAACAGAAGUUCCUAUAACACCAGAAACAACAUGCCGAGAUGUUGUAGAAUUCUGCAAGGAGCCUGGAGAAGGCAGUUGCCACUUAGCUGAAGUGUGGAGGGGAAAUGAGCGUCCCAUACCCUUUGAUCAUAUGAUGUAUGAGCAUCUUCAGAAGUGGGGGCCACGAAGAGAAGAAGUGAAAUUUUUCCUUCGACAUGAAGAUUCCCCAGCUGAGAGCAGUGACCAAGGAGGUCGCCAAACUCAGGAGCAAAGAAUGCAGAGGAACGCGAUGAAUGUACCUGGAGAAAAGCACAAUGAAAACGGGGUUGGGAAUCCUCGGGUUGAACUUACUCUCUCAGAGCUCCAAGAUAUGGCAGCCCGGCAGCAGCAGCAGAUCGAGAAUCAGCAGCAGAUGCUGGUCGCCAAGGAGCAGCGUUUACACUUUCUAAAGCAACAGGAGCGCCGUCAGCAACAGUCUGUUUCGGAAAAUGAAAAGCUCCAGAAACUGAAAGAACGAGUUGAGGCCCAGGAAAACAAGCUAAAGAAAAUUCGUGCCAUGAGAGGACAAGUAGACUACAGCAAAAUUAUGAAUGGCAAUUUAUCUGCUGAAAUAGAAAGGUUCAGCGCCAUGUUUCAGGAGAAGAAGCAGGAGGUGCAGACCGCCAUUCUAAGGGUUGAUCAGCUCAGUCAGCAACUGGAAGACCUGAAAAAAGGGAAACUGAAUGGGCUACAGCCUUACAAUGGCAAACUUACGGGUCCUGCAGCUGUGGAGUUGAAGCGACUAUACCAGGAGCUGCAGAUCCGUAAUCAGCUUAACCAGGAGCAGAAUUCAAAGCUGCAGCAGCAGAAGGAGCUGUUAAAUAAGCGUAACAUCGAGGUGGCCGUGAUGGACAAGCGCAUCAGUGAGCUCCGGGAGCGCCUCUAUGGGAAAAAAAUACAGCUGAGCCGUGUGAAUGGCACAUCUUCGCCGCAGUCUCCGCUGGGCACACCUGGCAGGGUGGCUGCAGUAGGGCCUUACAUCCAGGUGCCCAGUGCUGGCAGCUAUACUGUCCCAGGAGACCCCAUCAAGCCGCAGUCUCUCACAAUCGCCUCUGGCACUGCCCAUGGAAGAUCCAAAUCUGCUACCGAUGGGAACUGGCCAACGUUAAAGCAGAAUUCUGGCUCUGCAGCAAAGCCCAUACAGGCAACUGGAGUGGACUGGAAGGACUCGAGUGUGGAGGAGCCUCCCAAGCAAGGGACAGUUUCUAGCCAGCCUGCACCCCUGUUGGCAUUAGGUGGCACGGAGAAGCUGGCCACAGACCCUGGGAGAGCACCGCCCCCCAUACCUGGGGUCAGCAAGCUACCACCUCCCAGCUAUGGGACCCAUCCAAGCCCUGCACCCAGCUCUACCAACUCCCUGGAGAGGAGGAAGGAGGGCAGCUUGCCCAGGCCCAGUGCAGCCCAGGGUAGACAGAAACCUGCCCCACUGCCCCCCAUGGCAGGCACCCACCAGCCGCCCGGCUCCUCGCAGCAGAUCCAGCAGAGGAUUUCUGUGCCACCAAGUCCCACGUCCCCUGCGGGGUUGCCUGCAUUCCCUACUGGAGACAGCAGACCUGAGCUUCCGCUGACUGUGGCCAUUCGGCCCUUUCUAGCUGAUAAAGGGUCAAGACCGCAGUCCCCCCGGAAAGGUCCCCAGACAGUCAAUUCAAGCUCCAUAUAUUCUAUGUACCUCCAGCAAGCCACUCCACCCAAGAACUACCAGCCCGUGAUGCACAGCACCUUGAAUAAGUCGGUCAAAGCAGUGUAUGGCAAACCUGUGCUCCCUUCCGGCUCCACAUCCCCAUCCCCACUCCCGUUCCUUCAUGGCGCCACAUCCACAGGCACAGCCCAACCUCCACCACCUUCAGAAUGUGCUGAGAAAGAACCUGAGGCUGAUGGCCCAGCCGCACCUGGAGAGGGCUCAGGCACUUCAGGCACUGUGGAGAACCUGGCACGGCCCCUCAGUCCCACCAAGCUCACACCCAUUGUGCACUCCCCACUGCGCUACCAGAGUGAUGCUGACCUGGAGGCACUGCGCAGGAAAUUGGCAAAUGCACCACGGCCACUGAAGAAGCGCAGCUCCAUCACUGAGCCUGAGGGUCCAGGUGGGCCCAACAUCCAGAAGCUCCUGUACCAGCGCUUCAACACCUUGGCUGGGGGCAUGGAGGGCACCCCUUUCUACCAACCCAGCCCCUCACAGGACUUUUUAGGCACACUUGCUGAUGUGGACAACGGAAAUACCAACGCCAAUGGGAACCUGGGGGAGGCCAGACCUACCCAGCCCACAGCCCCACCGCCUCCAGAACCCACCCCGUCCUCAGAUGCCAACGACAAUGAGCUACCUUCCCCAAAACCAGAGGGGCUCUUAGGCCCCCAAACCACCCGCCCCACAACUGAGCCUGCUGAGGACAACAACAACAACGUGGCCACAACUCAGACUGCAGAGCAAGUCCCCAGCCCAGGGGCAGAGGCUCCUUCUCCAGUGCCCCCGCCUCUGCCCUCUGCCACAACCCCACCAGCAGCCUCAAUGAGCAAACGGACCAACCUAAAAAAGCCAAACUCGGAGCGGACUGGCCAUGGGCUACGCGUUCGCUUCAACCCACUGGCGCUGCUCCUAGAUGCGUCUCUGGAGGGGGAGUUUGACCUGGUGCAGCGGGUCAUCUAUGAGGUGGAGGACCCCAGCAAGCCCAACGAUGAGGGGAUCACACCUCUGCACAACGCUGUCUGUGCUGGCCACCACCAUAUCGUGAAGUUCCUGCUGGACUUUGGGGUCAAUGUGAAUGCCUCCGACAGCGAUGGCUGGACCCCGCUGCACUGUGCUGCCUCCUGCAACAGCGUUCACCUCUGCAAGCAGCUGGUAGAGAGCGGUGCUGCCAUCUUUGCCUCCACAAUCAGCGACAUUGAGACUGCGGCGGACAAGUGCGAGGAGAUGGAGGAAGGCUACAUUCAGUGUUCCCAGUUCCUCUAUGGGGUACAGGAGAAGCUGGGUAUAAUGAACAAAGGUCUGGUGUACGCUCUGUGGGGCUAUGAGGCCCAGAACAGCGAUGAGCUGUCCUUCCGUGAAGGGGAUGCCAUCACCAUCCUGAGGCGCAAAGACGAGAACGAGACCGAAUGGUGGUGGGCUCGCCUCGGGGACCGGGAGGGCUACGUACCCAAAAACUUGCUGGGGUUGUACCCACGGAUCAAACCCCGACAGCGAACGCUUGCCUGAGGCAAGGAGAGCUGCUCUAGGAAGCCUGAGCUUGGGACAGCUCCAUGGUGCUGCCUCCAGCAGAGCCACAAUGGGGAAAUCCUAACAGCUUGCUGUGACCACAAGAGGACGUGGCCUCCAAGAAGACUAAAAUUUGCCAAUUACUUUAAAUCCAAAUAAAUAUCCAGCUUUCAAAACAU